CUCGUCUCUCAUUGGUAGGUUGUCAUUCUGUUUGGGUGCAGUAGCUGGAAAAAUGGCAGCUGAUACAGGGAGAUACCGGAGUGCUGUUAGCAAAAGCAAAGACCCUUCAGGCUUACUUAUUUCCGUUAUAAGGACCCUGUCCAGCAGCGAUGACAAGCAGGACAGAGAGACGGAGAAGGGCCGCCUGGAGGAGGCGUUUGAGAAGUGCGACCGGGACCUGGAUGAGCAGAUCGUCCAACACUACGCUGAGCUGACCACCGCCAUCCGCACCUACCAGAGCAUCACCGAGAGAAUCACCAGCUCCCGUAACAAGAUCAAAGGGGUGAAGGAGAACCUGCUGUCCUGUAAGAUGCUGCUCCACUGCAAGAGGGAUGAACUGAGGAAGCUGUGGAUCGAAGGCAUCGAGCACAAACACGUCCUCAACCUGCUGGAUGAGAUCGAGAGUAUCAAGCAGGUCCCACAGAGACUGGAGGCCUGCAUGGCCAGCAAGCACUACCUGCACGCCACCGACAUGCUGGUGUCAGCGGUGGAGUCUCUGGAGGGCCCCCUGCUGCAGGUGGAGGGUCUGGGGGACCUGCGUCUGGAGCUCCACAGUAAGAAGCUCAACAUCCACGUGGUCCUCAUCGACGAGCUGCACCGGCACCUCUACAUCAAGUCUACCAGCCGACUGGGGACCAAGAACAAGGACAAGAACCAGGGACGCCACGGGGGCUCUACAACCAAAGACACGUCCCCUCUGCCCCAGCUGGACGUCAGCAGCCUGUCCACCCCUCGCAAGCUGAUGGACUCCUCCCAGUUCAGCACCCCAGGGACCACCAGCAUGCGUGAGCUGCAGGCGCACCACGAGGCCCGCGAGGACCCUGACGUGCACCCGGAGGAGAACACCCAAGAGUUCAUGGGCGUCCUCAUCAAAGGCCUGGCCAAGCUCAAGAAGAUCCCUGAGGCUGUCAAGGCCAUCAUGGAGCGCCUGGAGCCUGAGCUGAAGCAGAUACUGAAGAGAUCCACUACCCAGAUAGCUGAUCACGCCUACCAGAGAGGAGAGAACCUAGCCACAGAGAGCCAGCCCAGGCUGCUGCUGGAACUGCUGGAGCUGCUGUUUGACAAGUUCAACGCGGUGGCUGCGGCCCACAGUGUGGUGCUGGCCCACCUGCAGCAGAUCGUGGUGUCCCCCAACGGAGCCCAGGAGGGCAUCAAGCUCUAUGAGCUAGCCGACGUCUCUGCUAAGAUCCAGACCGUGCUCCAGGUCAGUUCAAGUUUAAAAUGUCAACUUUUGAGUCCAUCACAGUCCCGAAUCCCUGCACCACACACAAAUAAAAAAUAUCUACAAAGAUCCAUCUGCCGUUCUGUGUAUCAUAAAGAUUCACGGAUGAUAUUGCAGCAGAUGAUUUGCACACAUGUGGUUAAACCUUUAGACUGAAGCAUAGAUUAGGCU